CAGCAGUUACACACUUAGUCAUUUGUUCUACUUUGUUUGUGAUGGGUGGGGAUUUCACAGCCCAAUAAAAGAUUCCUAAAUUGAUUCUAGUCUUGUAGAGCAACUGAGAAGAGAGAAACAUGGCUACACAGCUGUACCUUUUCCUUUUCUCUUUCAUCUUGGUACUUUCUAUUUCUUUUGGACAAGAGGCUGAAAUAGAAGCAAUCCAAAGUGAAAAAGUGCAUCCCUUGGGUGCCCCAGUGGUGGCAGAUCCACAGAGCCCUGAAAUUCAAAGGGCUGCCAAGAAGGCUGUGGAGGAAUUCAACAGGAUAUUUCGUGGCACCAACUACUUCAGACUCACAGAGGUUGUGUCAGCAAAACUUCAGGUGACAAAUGCUAUCCAAUAUAUAAUCACUGCUCGAAUUGGAAAAACCAGGUGUAAGAAAAUGGAGGCAGUUGAUCUUGAAACCUGUGCACUGACAAAAAAGGUUCUUAACUGCGACUUCGAUGUACAGUUUCACCCAUCGGAUGAACAGUAUAAAUUAACCUACCAGAAGUGCAAGAGAUGAACACCAAACUAAUUAAGGAGAAAAUGAAAGCAUGCACAGAUGCUUUACUAACUCAAUCAAUAAAUUAAAUACAUAAAUCAAUA